GCUUAAUCGUCUUGCACUAAAAAAAAAAAAAGCCCCCAACCUCCUUUUUUUUGUUUUUCUUUCUUUCUUUAUAUUCCAUAUAACACAAAAGAAAACAUGGCACUUUUUAUUGGAAGAAUCCCACGAGAGAUGAACAAUCGUGAUCUUGAAGACACUUUCUCCAAGUACGGCAAGAUUACUCGUUUGGAUGUGAAGAAAGGAUUUGGUUUCGUCGAAUACGAUGAUAAGCGUGAUGCUGAAGAUGCCAUCAAGGGUAUUAACGAACAGGGUGACCUUGUUGUUGAAUGGGCCAAAAAUGGUGGUAAAAGACCUGGCGAGAAUGAAUGUUUCCACUGUGGAGCUGAAGGUCACUGGGCUAGAGAUUGUCAAGAGGGUGGCCGUGAUGGUGGCCGUGGAGGUGGCAGAGGUGGUGGAGGACGUGGAGGUUACAGUAGUGGAGGACGUGAUCGAUCUCCUAGACGCGAUGGUGGACGUGGUAGUGACCGCGACAGAAGAGAUACAAGAGACUUUGACCGUCGUCGUGAUGACCGUGGUGGCCGUGACAGAUCUCCUCGCCGCAACGAUUUCAGAGAAAGCAGAGGUUAUGAUGGUCGUGGUGAUAGUCGUGGUGGCGAUAGACGUGAUGGCGAUAGACGUGAUGGACGUGGUGAUAGACGUGAAUAUGCUCCUAGAGAAGACCGUCGUCGUGAUGAUGAUCGUAUGCCUAUGCCUGAUCGUAUGUCUGAUCGUAUGCCUGAACGUAUGCCUGAGCCGUAUGCCUGAACGUAUGUCAGACCGUAUGCCUGACCGUAUGUCCGAUCGUAUGCCUGAUAGAGACCAACUUGAUUAAAAAUAUAUAUUUCAAAGACACACACACACAAAAAAAAAAAAAAAAAGCUUGCAAUCAUUCCAAAAUCAACAAUCCCAAACAACACUUUCACAUUUUUUCUUUUUUUUUAA